CGACGUCGGAAGUGAAGAUUGAGCACAACAGUUCACGUUUAACUGCACCCUACAGUACCAGCAACACCACCGCGAAUCGACCCGCCACCAUGGCACAACCCCCGAAAUCAACCAGAAUACGGUUACUUGACGAAAAGGUCAUUAUGCAGCUCCAACAACUCGGAGAGAGCGACAUGUUGACCUUGACAGGUACGCCCCAGGACUACUGCGUCAUACUGGACACGCGAUUCACGCAAUCGAACACCAGCGAAUUCCAUGACGACGAACAACCGAAAUUUGGAGCGCUUCGACCAGGUGGAGCCGUAAACCUGCUCAGCUGGGAAGCAUUUGGAUUGCUCAGUCAAUACGCGGGCGUGGGGAUUCUCAUGGGCGUGCUUGGAGCGUUACAGUACCCCGUCUUUCGCAACUACUUGCAAAUGGAGGGCUACCAAACCGCCUCGUACGGCGUGCUCAUCUCGCUCGGGUGGUCGUCCAAGAUCUUCUUUGGCAUUCUGAGCGACUGCUGCCCCAUCUUUGGGUACCAACGCCGGCCGUACAUGGUGCUGGGGUGGACUAUUUGUGCCGUGUGUUGCUUGAUCAUGGCUCUCACCCCAUUCCCAGCCCCGUACUACGGCAAAAAGGAGCUCGUGCGCAAACCGCUGUCUAAAAUCUCUCCGAACGACAUGAAGUACAUCAACAAGGACGCUCCGGGAAGCGGGGGCUUGUAUAUUGUGCUGUCCAUGAUUUGUUCCUUGGGCUAUGUGAUGGCUGUCGUGGCGGCCGACGCCAUGGUUGUGAGAUACGCCCAGCGAGAACCCAUUGCCAUCCGAGGGCGCAUCCAAACGGCGAUCUACUUCACGCGCGAUUCGUUUUCCAUGGUGCCGAUUCUAGUCGUGGGGUUCUGCAUGAACGACUUCAAGUACGGCGGGGCGUUCUCAUGGAGCAUUGGGCCCAACGUUGUGUACGCGGCGCUGACUGUGCCGUGUGUUUUGGCAGCGUACUCUGCGUACGCGCUCAUGGUCGAAGACAAAGUCGCCAAGGUGUCGUUUCGGCAGUACAAGCAUAACGCGUGGGGGCUGCUCCAGCAGCGCGUGGUGUGGCAAAUCUGCGCGUUCAAGUUCCUUCACAUGCUUUUUUAUGGGUAUUACUCGACGUUGAACGACCCGAUGUGGUCAAUUUGGAUCAAAGUACAGCCCAUUGUCGGCACCGCCUUCAACAUUGUGUACCAGCUCUUUCGCGUGGCUACCAUGUUUGGCAUCGGCAAGUACGCUCUCAACUGUGACUGGCGACUGGCCAUGGCAGGCUCCACGGUCGUGUACGUCGCGCUGGAUACGACGCUCAACUUCUUGGCCAUCUGGGACGUGGUCCGCGACCAGUACUUCCAGAACAUCGUCGGCAGCUUGGUGGCGCUGCCCCAAGCGUCCAUCUUUUUGUUCAGUGGGUACCUGUUGGUGGAAAUCGCAGACGUGGGGAACGAAGGGCUCGUGUUUGCGCUAUUGACGUCGUGCUCGAACCUGGCGAUUCCGCUCAGCACGGUCUUGGCCAAGGCGGUGGAUUUGUUCUGGAACGCGCGACUCGUCGAUAUCCAGCGGGACGACGUAGCCGUGCGAUGGGAGGUCUCGUACUCGUACGCCGUCACCGCUGGCUUCAAGCUGCUUUCGCUUGUGGUUUUGGUCCUGCUGCCACGCCAAAAGGCGUACAUUCAAGCCCUCAAACACACGGGCAAUUUGAGUGUCGGGGCGGCUGCCACCGUGCUCGUCGUGUUUCUAUUUGGGUACACGUGGAGCGUGACGACCAACAUCUUGUCCAUUUUCCCCUCCACGAGUUGCCUUCGCAUUGCCGGAGGUAAAGGAUGCCCAUAAACAUGUACAAGUUCAUCUCUCAUUCUACUACUUGCUUUUCCACAAAGCACGAUUCGAGCCCCACUUUGUAGCAUUUAUUUAGCUCACGUUAAAACGUAGCAUUUAGCUCACGUUAAAACGUAGCAUUUAGCUCACGUUAAACCUCAACUUUGUGCGUUUUAUUUCUG